AUGUCUGCUUCCAAAGACACAGCCAAGGCCAAGCAGGCCACGCGCCAGCGGCGCACAAUUAUGCGCUUCGCCCUGGAUAGCAUUUCUAUCGACGACAGACCAAACAACUACAAAGAUGCCCAACUGGUGCUCAAACCACAGCUGGAACUGGCUACGCGCAAAGAUAAUCCCAAGUCACGAACUCGAAAGCCCAUCUGGCGCCAUUUUCUCAUGGUCCAUAUUAAGGACAAAGCUGAUGAGCUGAUGUUGACGCUGUUCUCGGAGAGUUGA